UAUAUAUAUAUAUAUAUACGCACCUCUAAUCGGAUAAAGUCAGCUGAUUCUGGCUGAUCCUCAGAUGCAAGUGGCAGAAAAAGAGAUGGUCAGGGACGAAUAUCCAGUUCCGCAGGAAGAAAAAAAAGAGAAAGACAUGGAGGAAAUAGUACAAACGGAAGAAAAUAAUCCCGAUAACAUCAAUGAGGAAAUGGAGUAUACCGAGGACGAAGAACAUUCCGACGACAUUAAUAGAUGUCUGGAGGAAGAUGUAUAUUCCGAUAUCGGUAUUAAAGCAUUGGAAGACGAGUUGGACCAUUUGGAAACUGCUCUGGAUCAUUUAGAAAAGAAAAAUGAUGACAUACAUGCAGAAUUGAUGGAACUGUUGCAAUGCAAUCGCGAGGCUAGGAAACAGUUUCAAGAAUCACUGCAAAUUGAGGGUCAACAAUCACAGUGAUAAUUAUUUUAUAUUUAGAAAACCACAUACUUUAUUAUAAUUUAGUAUCUAGAAUUACCACUUCAUUAUGUUACUUCUAACAUUACCAAUGAAACAUUUCAUAUAUCUGGAAGAAUUAUGAGAAAUAUGUUAUGUGUCUGAACAAAGACAAAUUAUCAAUAUUUGAAUAUAUAAACUUCAAUAGCAUUUCUGGUAAUAGGAAAAAUAGAAUUAUGCAAUUUAUCAUAUAAUUACAUACAUGCAUAUAUUUGGAAAUAUUAAUAAACUUUUAAUUUGUUUUAUAUGUACAUAAUGAUGUUAAAUUAAAAUUGUAAUUUUUAUCGAAAUAUUAUAUCCCACAUCUGAGAGAUAUAUUAUUUUACUUAUUAAACUCUAAAAAAUCUCUAUUUGAAGAAUAUUAUAUAAUACAAUAUUUUUUAAAUGUAAUUUGUAAAAUAUGCAUUGAUAUAGAUUCUAAGUGUAAAACAUGCAAAAAAUAUAAGAAUAUACUUUUUGAAG